AUGAACGAAAACCGUGAGACGGAGAUAAGGGUUUUGAAAGAAAUGGGCAGGAAGGAGACUCGAAUUGAUAAGUCUCUACUCACAGAGAAAGGCCUGGUCUUGGAGGAAAGUGGCAUAGUAGCUGCAAUUAGCUUGGUGAAAAAAGAAGUUACCGAUGACUCUGAUGCUCUCCUAAAGACCGUUUUGGAGGUGAUGGAGUCUUCCUAUCUACGCCAGGGAUUUCUAGAGUGGGGAAGGGAUGAGCUUAGAAAAAGAUCCGAUAUCAUGUGCAACGUUCUUAUCUGGCUUAAAAUAAGGAGACAUCAUUUCAGCAUGUCUGCUGUUGAAAUGGUAGAGGAGUUCUUAAAACUAGGUUCUGAACGCAUCACUGAAUAUCUGAACAAAGAAGAAGAAAGAUGUCUUGUUAGUAUACUUCAAGAAAUCUGUGUAUACAUAAAAGAAAACAUUCUGGGAUGUAAUAGAGAAUCCAUUCGUAUGUUUCUGUUCGGAGUUUUUCUUAAGCAGAGCAGGGCAAUAGACACCACAAAGAUAUUCGCUUUUGAGGUUUACAUCCGAGCUGGUCUAGCUUUGCAAUAUGAAGAGUUUGAAUUCAUUAUUCAUGAAAUGGAUUCUCUAGAUACAUUUAACAUAGGAGAAAUGAACUUCAGAGACUAUGUUGUUUUAUGCAUAUACAGACAUACGGUAUUUCAGGGAUCCGAGAUAAUUCAAGAGAAGCACAACAGUUUUAUUAGUAUUCUUGCUGAGAAAUUUUAUCCGUGCCUACCUGAUGGAAUUUCCUUAAUCAACUAUUCUACACCUUGUUCUAGAAUCUUAUGUGUGUCACUUGCAUUUCAAUACCUGAGGAUGCUUAGCGAAAAUAACCAGAAACUUGACUCUAAGCUCCUAAUCGUCUUUCUAGAAAAUAUGGUAGGGAUUCUGAGGAGGAACGAGUAUUCUUCGGAGGAAAUUGCGUGUUUCAAGUGUAUAUUUAAGGGUCUCAAGCCUUCUGUAGCCAUUUUCAGGCUCAUAAAGUCUUUUGUGGUUCUACUAUUACGAAUAUUAGGCCGUAGAAAACAUGAGUCUCGGGUGAAAGCUGCCAAGGUUCUUUCCAAGAUUCAGCUUCAUGGGAUAGUGAUGGAAAAGAAAAUUGCUUGGAAGAUCUUAAGGGCAGCAAGAAAGUAUAUCGAGGAUAAACGUAUUACUGUUGUGAAAGCGGCAGUAAACAUCAUUGGCCAGAUAGAUAUAAAAGCGUUAGAGAAUGAGAUGCAAAGAUCACAGUCUAUUUCAGUAAAAAGAAUAAUAUUUGAUAAGAUUAAAGAUGGGCUUCAGACAGAAGCAUGCUAUAAAACAUAUAUAGACUUGUUAGGCAAUAAGGAUACUAGAGAUGUUGAGUACAAAAUUGAAGAUAUUGGGCUACUUGCAAAGGUGUUUCACUCUUAUGAAGAUAAAAAUAUUUGUAGGUUCAUGAAAAUCAAUAUACAUUCUAUAGAGGAUGUGUUUGUUGCAGAUUUGGCAGCUCUAUAUUCUAGAUUUUGUCCAGACAGUAUUGAUGAGGUCUAUGCAGCCUCAAUUCUUUUAAACUCUACAGAAGAAAUAGUCAAAGGAAGAAAUGUUCCUUUUUAUAACAACAUUCUGAAAGCACUUGUGAAUCUGAAGUCAAGAUUCUCUUCCGAGUUAAAACAGAGACUAGUGAUGUUUCUUCGAAAGCUUGUGUUCUACAAUCCAUAUACAAGAAAUGCUGGAAUGCUCAUCAACAUUCUUGGGUAUAUGGGGAUGAGGUUUCCUAGAAGGACAGACUACUUCUUAGCGAUACUUGGGUCUUGUGGGAGUCCAUUAAUGCGGGAUUACUUCUCUGAGUAUCCAUGGUCCUCAAACAAGGAGCUUGGGCUUGUAUAUAAUCUUCGGUUUGACCCUAGCUUUGGGGCGGUUUACAAAUGGAAGUUGGAGGAGAUAAUGUCAAGAAUGGAAGGCGGCUUGGAUGGGAAGGAGGCUGUAGUAUGCACAGAGCUUCUUCUAUUUUUGAGUGAGUCCAUUGAACUCAGUGUUUCCACCAAUGCUUAUACCCUUGCUUUUGAGGUAGUAGCAAAGAAUUGUAGCUUCAUAACCUAUGGGGCAAAGUCAAAGUGCACAAGUGUUUCGAAGGAAGCCUGCAUUCUACUGAAAAAGGCAACGAAGGCUGGAGCUAUCCUCCCACAUGUGUCAAUUCCAGUAAUCUUCUCUUACUAUCUUGUUUCUCCAGAAAUGGUCUGUGCAUACCUUGAAACAACGUUGAGCACUAUGCGAGAGGCCAUCGAGAACAAAAGGAUGAUAUUCAAAGAAAAAAAACAAAUUCUUGAGUUUAGAAUGGUGGUUGAUAUUUAUAAUAACUCCAGACAUAGGUCUAGGGUUGCGGAUAGAUUACUGGAUAUAUUUGACGAAUGCCCCAUCAGAACUUAUUAUCUUAUGGUUCAGGCAGCAAAGUUUGAGAAGAGGGACUUUGUCAAAAUUAUAAGGGGAAUCGAUAGCAUGGCUCACUCCUAUGACCUCGAUGGGAAUCGGCUUCUCCUAAAACUGUACGAGCUAUUUUCUGGCGUUCAUAGCCUGGGUAGAGUAAGGAAGGAAAUAAGGAUUUCCAAUGAAAACAUUCUUUUUCAAGAAGAAGCGAUACCCGGCGAUAUAGACAUUCUGAAGCUCUGCAUAGUUAAAUAA